GUUGAAUUAUCGGAUAUAGAGUUUUAUUAAGUCAGCCGAUGCAAGGUGAAAGUAACAAUGUAUAUAAUAUUGAUCGUACUUUCCUAAAUGUGGAGAAGUUAAUAAUAAAGCAUAUAAAGAUUAAUAAUUCCACUAUUUCUAAAUACAUUAUAAACUCAUGUCACAAGAGGCCAAGCUUUCUGCCUUUUUAUAUUCAGAUUUAUACCUUUAUGUUGUAAUAUGGAGCUAAUAAUACUUAUAUCCCUCUAUCUUUUUGCAAUUGUUCAAGCACUGUCUCCAUCUGGAGGUUACGCACCAGGAAUAGUACAAUGCCCAGCUAAAAACAAUAGCUUUAUAAGAGAAGCAAGUUCAAUAUCUGACCAAGAGAAGAAUUGGCUAGAAGGACGAAAAGAAAAGACCAAUUUAGCCUUAAUUGAUUUUUUAAAUAGUGCUAAUCUUACCAGUUUCAAUGCAGCAAAUUUCCUUAAUGAUGAAAAUUCUACUGGAAUCAAUCUUGCUUUGGCAUUUGCUGGUGGUUCAUACCGUGCAAUGUUAAGUAAUGCAGGAAAUUUGAUGGGAUUAGAUAACAGAACUACAUUCCCUUCGGAUGAUGGGGGAUCCUUAGGAGGAAUUUUACAAAGUGCAAACUAUAUUGGUGCCUUAUCAGGCGGAGCUUGGAUGCUUGGCUCUGUUAUCCUUCAAGACUUUGCACCGGUUCAAGAAAUUCUCUUUGAAAACUCGGAAACAGUGUGGAAUUUAACUUCUUCAAGACAAUUGAUAAACACAAAUGGAUUAUGGACAAUUCUAUUCCCUGUGUUAUUUGAUAAUUUGAAUGGAGCCUUAUCUCAUUUAAAUUUUUGGAGUGGAGCUCAAGGAAUUCAAAAUGAUAUCUUAUCUAAAGAAAAAGCUGGAUUUGAAACCUCGUUAACUGACCCAUGGGCUCGUGCUUUAGCUCAUCAAUUGGUUCCAGAAGGAUCUAAUAACUUUGAAUCUUCCACUACAUGGAGUGACAUUAGAAAUAUGUCUGUGUUUACUGAUUAUGAUAUGCCAUUCCCAUUACUUAUUGCUUUGGGAAGAAGGCCAGGCACCACUGUAUAUAAUUUGAAUUCUACAGUUGUUGAAAUGAAUCCAUUUGAAUUUGGUUCAUUUGAUCCUUCGUUAAAUUCAUUUGUUGAUAUCAAAUAUAUUGGAACAAAUAUGUCUAAUGGGGUUCCAGUAGAUAGUAAUAAGUGCGUUGAAGGUUUUGAUAACGCUGGUUUCAUUAUGGGAACUUCAUCUUCAUUAUUUAAUGAAUUUCUUAACACGUUGGUUUGUGAUGAUUGUAAUUCUUUGAAUUUUAUAGUUAAAUGGCUCGUUAAAAAAUUCCUUACAAAUUUAUCUAGUAAUCAUGAAGAUGUUGCACUUUACAAGCCAAAUCCAUUUUACGAUUCUGAAUUUGCUGAAUCGAGUAAUAUUACCACUAAUGAUACCCUUUAUUUGAUUGACGGAGGACUUGGUGGUGAAGUUAUACCAUUAUCUACCUUGAUGACAAAAGAAAGAGCACUUGACGUAAUAUUUGCUUUUGAUCAAAAUACAGAUGAUUCUGUCCUGUGGCCAGAUGGAAGUUCACUUAUCAAUACCUACGAAAGACAAUUUUCCAGUCAAGGAGAAUCUACCAUCUGUCCAUAUGUUCCAAAUGUUGAUACAUUUCUUUCUCAAAAUCUUACAGCCAGACCAACAUUCUUUGGUUGUGAUGCAUCAAAUCUUACUGAUUUAGCUAAAGAUGGAGUAAUUCCUCCUUUAGUCAUUUAUGUUGCUAACAGACCUUACGAAUUUUAUUCCAAUACUUCUACAUUUAAAUUGUCUUAUACUGAUGAAGAAAAGAAAGGAAUGAUUCAAAAUGGGUUUGAUGUUGUUACCAGAGCCAAUGGUACUGGGGAUAAUGAAUGGAGAACAUGUGUAGCAUGUGCAUUGGUUAGACGAGAAGAAGAAAGAAGAGGAAUUAAGCAAUCAGAUCAAUGUCAAAAGUGUUUCGAAAGGUAUUGUUGGGAUGGCACUUUAGCAGACGUCAGUGCAACAUAUACUCCACCAGUGAAUUUUACAGACAAUUCAUUAACAAAUGGACCUACGGUAUUUUAUGGCCCACCACCAGUUCCUUCUACUAGUGGCGGGAUCCUAUCAUUUAUUUUUAAACGAGACAAUGUAACCGUUAUUGAACAAACUAGUGAGGCUUAUACUAUUCCAAUCUCGUAUUUUAAUUUAGUAGCCAUCUUUGUCUUUUGUUUGAUGACUAUUUUUUAGGGCAUACGUAUAUAUACAAU